CAGCAACACGCAUUAUGAGGGGAGACCACUCUUACUACGGAUCAGUUUGUAGCUUCCGGUGAAAGCGAUUCGGCACGAAACUAAAACGUAAUUUGGCUGUUCAAAUUUUCACCAAACAACCCACUGCAUGUUGCAUAAUGGCUGAUUACAGCCAUAGCACAAAAGAUCCAGAUACUGCUCGAGCUCUUUUUGAAGAGGGUGCUAUUCUUGUAUUCCUGGACCUGCCAGAGGGAUCAGAGUUUGGAAUUGACUUUGCUUCAUGGACAGUUGGUGCAAAUUUUCGUGGGAUGAAAAUGAUACCCCCUGGAAUCCAUUUUGUCUAUUACAGUGCUGUUGGAUCUGAUAAACAAGCAGGGCCAAGGUCUGGAUUUUUCUACAACUUUGAAAAACAGGAAAUAAUUGUCAAGAAAUGGGACGUCCAGCUAGAAGAUGUCAAAAGAGAACUUAUAUCAGAAGAUGAGGUUGCCAGAUACAGAGAAAAUAAAAAAGAAAUGGACAAAUUUCUGGGCCCAUAUCCAUAUGACAGCUAUAAAAAAUGGGUUUCCUUGACAAAUCAUCUGACACCAUCACUGAUUGAAAAUCUUCAGCCAACCUGUGGCUAUGUGUGCUCCAUGGCACAGUUUGUCUCAGAACCCAGCACCUCUCAAUCAAGGAAGCGAGAUGCUGAGGUCAAAGCUAUGGAACAGGAAGCCACUAAAAUCAUCAGCAAAAAUAAAACCAAAGUAUCAUUGGAAGAUGGACUUCCUAAGAUGAAAACUGUGAAAGGUACAAAGAUAAGAUACUCCAAAGUACCCCUUCAAAAAUAUCCUGAAGGUGCUACUCCAUCUGAAGUAACAAAAUUCAGCAUUGACUCUUCUUACCAGCUGGAGCUGGUUUUGGAGAAAUCUUAUGGUGAAAAUUUUUCAGGAAUUUUGGGUGAAAUACAGUUUGCAUUUAUCUGCUUUCUCAUUGCACAGAACUAUGAUUCCUUUGAACACUGGAAGACACUUGUACACCUUCUCUGUUCAAGUGAUCAGUCCUUGCGACUUCGACCCCAGCUUUUCAUUGAUCUCAUCAGUCUGUUGCAUUUUCAGGUGCGAGAAAUACCAUCAGACUUUUUUGUGGACAUUGUCAGCAGUAAUAAUUUCUUGACAGUUACACUGCAGGAGUUUUUCUCCAACCUUGAAGCAGAGGAUAUCGAUGCCACUUUGAGGUCAAAAGGAUUGAAGUUCAGGCAGCAUUUGACUCAGAAAUUUAAGUGGGAUUUCACCUCUGAGCCUGAUGAUUAUGCUCCUGUUGUAGUUGAAUCUACAAAUUAAAUCAGUUAAUUUGUGAAAGAGUAUAUGACAGAUAUCUAGAACUGUACCAAUGGAAGCUGACGUUUAAUUAAUAAUGAUGAAAUGUUGUGAAUUCUGUUUCCCUUUUAGUGAUAAAGAAGAAAUGGUUGUUGUC